CUAAUAUUCAAUUCAAUUAUUUCUUAUAAUCUUCAAUUCAUUAAGUUAAUCAAAUUUCAUAUCCAAAGAAAAUGGAUUCCGCAAGCUACAAUGCUGGACAGACCAAGGGCCAAGCUGAGGAAAAGACUAGCAACAUGAUGGACAAAGCUAGCAAUACUGCUCAAUCAGCCAAGGAAUCAAUGCAAGAGACUGGUCAGCAGAUGCAGGCAAAGGCACAAGGAGCCGCUGAUGCUACGAAGGAGACAAUGAGCAACAAAUAAACUAAUUAUGUUUGAUAGAUUAUGAAUAUGUCAAUUUUUAAUUAGUUUCUUUUUGCUAAAGAGCAUUUUAUAAUAAAUGUUAAAAAAAUGCUUUCUUUUUUUGUUUUUGGGAUUUAUUUUUUCAUGUUUAGAAGUCUUGUUAAUAAGACACUUUUGGUCCUUUAGGACUAUGUGAUGUAGUUUUGACUUAAUUCAUUAAUGAAUG